GGCACUGUCUCACUCUCUCACUAUAAAUGGUCCGACCACCUCCCGCGAUAACACCCUGAAAAACCUCCCCUUUUUUUGCUGCUUCUUUGUUCUCUCGCCGGAACCCUAACCCUAAUGGCGCCGCCGCGGGAGCGCCGAUCGCUAGAUCGUAGCGUCUGGGCAGCGUGUGCCGGUGUCUCCGUCCAGAUCCCCACCGUCGGAUCCCUCGUCUACUAUUUCCCUCAGGGCCACUGCGAGCAGGCUUCUUCACCGCCGGACUUCUCCUCCGUCGCGUUCGGGAAACCCUACAUCCUCGCCCGUGUCACCGCUGUCGGUUACCUUGCCGACGCCGACACCGACGAGGUCUAUGCUCGGAUCUCACUCGACCCGCGUGUAUCCUUGUCCGGAUCCCCCGGAUGCUCGGCUGAGUCCUCACUGGAUGAUUUGGAGGAUGGUGGUAGAGUGAGGUCGUUCCCGAAGAUCCUGACGCCCAGCGAUGCGAACAACGGUGGUGGAUUCUCGGUUCCGAGGUACUGUGCUGACUCUAUCUUCCCGCCCCUUGAUUUCGAUGCCGAUCCACCGGUGCAGGCCCUCAACGUGCGCGAUGUCCAUGGCGUCGCCUGGGAGUUCCGGCAUAUCUAUCGUGGUACCCCUCGCCGUCACUUGCUCACCACCGGCUGGAGCAAAUUCGUCAAUGUUAAGAAGCUCGUCGCUGGUGAUUCGGUUGUUUUCGUCUGUGACGCUGCCGGCGAGCUCUUUGUUGGUAUUCGGCGUAAUACGGGGAGGAACAUCUGCCCCCCAAUUGGUUACAGCUUGCAAAGUGGAGAGAAUGCUGUGAAACGAGAGGCGAUUUGGAGGUGCAGUAAGGGGAGAGUGCCUCCGGAGUCUGUGGUGGAAGCUGUGAAGAGAGCUGAGAUGGGGUUGCCCUUUGAGGUGGCGUAUUACCCCAUGGCUGGAUCGCCGGAAUUUGUGGUGGCGAUGGAGAAGGUGCGGGCGGCGAUGGGGGUACAAUGGACCGCGGGGAUGCAGAUCAAAAUGGCCGUGGACACUGAGAAUUUAUCGCGUAUGACGUGGUACCAAGGGACUGUGAGCGGCGCUGCCCUGCAAGAUCAGUGGCCCCGGUCGGGAUCACCAUGGCGGAUGCUUCAGAUCACUUGGGAUGAACCAGAGGUUCUGCAACAUGUAAAACAUGUUAGCCCAUGGCAGGUGGAGCUAGUGUCAGACAGCCGUCAGUCACAUACCUCAUAUUCAGCUAUGAAGAAGCCUAGAGUUUCUCAGACUACUGGGUUAUUCAGUGAAAGCGAAAACAAAGUUAUGUUUGCAAUGUCAGGACUCAACAGUGCAAUGGUGGGGAACUUCACCCCAUUGCAUAUGACUCAGAACACAUUUCCUGCUGGCAUGCAGGGAGCCAGGCAUGAUCCCACUAGGGUAUUCAGUUUACCUACUUACUUACCGAACAAUUCCUCUGACAUGUAUACCAGCAACCUCUGUGGCAUUACCGUACCACCAAAGUCAGUUGAUGCCUCCACAGAACUGCACCUUGGGAGUGCACAAUCAGAGAGCUCAUCCCCACAAAGCCAAGGAAGCAUCUUAUCCAAUGGAAGGGAUGUUUUUGGCAAACCAUCUUGCAAUCCAAGCAAGAAAACUACAAUUCUGUUGUUUGGUCACACAAUUACAUCAGAACAACCGCUUGAUAUGGAUUAUGCAAAGUACAAAGAAGCUCAAGGCAUGGGUGUGCUUUCUGCUUGAAAGAUGAGACUGCAAACAAGGAUGUGUGUUUCCAGUAUGUACAGGUACUUGGUUGAUGGUGGAGUAUGAAGGUUUUGUACAGGAGCAUGGCUUGCUCUUUGCUGUUUGUAUUGACCUUGGAUUAACUCCUUUUUAGCCAAGCUCUUCUCUGACUCUUCUUCUAGUAAUCUUCUAGGUGAACUAUCAUCGUUUAGUCGCGCGUUUGUGUUUGUUACCCUGUGAGCUUAGAUGCUUAACAUGUUUGUUUGAACUAGAAUCUGUCUUUGUGACUUGGUUUGCUUCAGUAUCUAAUGUUUUUAUUAAUCUUA